AUGGAUGAAGAAUACGGCGACUACCUGGAGGAGAAGGCGCCUGCGCCAGCGGUGGUGACACCCGAGACUCCGGAAGAUGCAGUGAUGUCCGCGGGGCGCAGCGGGGGCUCGCGCUCCCUGGCGCGCAGUCUCGCGAGCGAGUUGGAAGACGACACGCCUCCCGUCUCGCGCAACCUCGCGGACGAACUGGAUGAUGUGGACGACCCUGAGCCAGCGUAUGAUGACAUGGAAGAGUUUGAAGACCGCGCCGACGACUCACGAUCGCCGGUGCCGACGACUCAAGUGACCGAGCAAACCUCGGGCAACCGGCCGCCGAUGAAUGGAGACACUCCGGCAGCCAACAAGGUACUCGGCCGAUGCUUUGAAGCAAUGCGUGCGAGCGAAUGGGGUCGACUCUUCGAGCCGCGCAUGAUCCGCCAAGCGGUGUGGGCUGACCUGAGCCACGAGUUGGCACGACCAGUGAAUGCGGUCGCAGUUGAGCAAGUGGCGAAGGACACGGUGACGUUCCUGAAGGCGUUGUGUCUCCGGCCCACGCUUGCCCCGUCGCCGUCGACUCUGGAGAGUUUCCUGCCCGCGGAAGCCAGAGCCGAGCUCUGGCAAUGGAAGAAGAAGUUGUAUACGGCCUUCGGGGUGACCCCCUUCUCUUUGGAACAGCCGAAGGCGGCCCGCACCAACAAAGGCAGCGCUGACCCAGCGCGCGUCCCGCUCCCGCGAACUCCGAAGAAGACCGAGCGCAGUAACUCAGCCCAGGCUGCGACUAGAGGAGUGUUCAGUGCGUCGGGCGAGCGAUCACCGUACUUUCAAGACUCCCAUAUGGUCACUCCACCCGCGACGACUCGUACUGACCGAGUUGCGCGUGGUGCCGAAGACUCGAAAUUGACCAGGAGCAGUCUACGAAGCACCGGACGAAGCUCAAGUCGCAAGUCCCGCUACGCCGACGACUCAUCUGAUGACGACGAUGACUUCACGGGAGACGGAGGUGCGCAAAUGGACGAAUAUCUGCGACAGAUCCGGGAGGUGAGCGACGCAGAGACCGUGAACCCGACGCCGAGGCUCGAGAUCCCGACGUUCUCGGGCGCUCGCAACAGGAGCGAGAACUCGAUGCAGUGGCUGCGCGCUUUUGUGUACGAGAUGAAAGGUACACACGCGCCGCCCAAUGAAUGGUGCAUGCCCUUCGAGCUCCGCCUGAGAGACGGUGCGGUACACUGGCACCGACAAUUGACCAAGAAGACCAAGCGAACCUGGACUCUGCUGAGCGAAGCCUUCAUCCGCUACUACUGCUCCCAGUUCAGCCAGUCAGCGGAAACCCGAUACUACUCUGCCAAGCGCGACGACAAGGAGCACGUCUGCGACUACCUGAACCGACUCAACGGCUACGCCCGCAACGCAGGCGUCCAGUUCGUGAACGGCGGCCGCAAGGCGAAGGACCACGUCAAGCGCUUCCUGGGGACUUGCGGCGACCGUAAGCUGGAGAGACGACUCGCUCCUCUGCGAAUCAAGGACAUCCAUGAGCUGGAGGAGAUGAUCAUCGAAAUGCUGAAGGUUGAAGAGCGACAGAGUUCGCGCGAGUCUUCGCAGUCGCGAUCCAAGGCUCGGGAACCGUCCCGCCGACGUGAUGACACGCGUAUGACUCGCGUCGCCGAGAUGACCGGCACCGCCAAGACACCCGAGACGGAUACCGCCGCGAUGACUCGCGAACUGGCCACAGCCGUGGGGAUCGACGCGAACGAGAUUAUGAGCGUCCUGCAAGGACGGGACGCCAGGAGCACCUCGACCGGACGCGACAGUGCGCGCCAGCAGUUCAACGAUGACAGCGACGCCGCCAGCGAUCAAGGCUCCGACGACUCGUGGUACUCCGAAGAAGGCAGACACGAUGGUUACUCGUCGGAUGACAGCGACCACUACGUGGCUGCUGCGAACGAGAGUGAGCGAUGCGCGGCAGCUGACGGCACAGUGGCCGGGAACCCAGUCGGGACAACCGGUACCAGCGCCGAGGCGGUCACGACAAUCGACAACGCCAGUACGGUCCUUGCGCGGCCUGUGGCGUUCUUUCCCACUCGGCCCACUUCUGCAACCGGCGCUGCCAGUUAUGCAAGCAAGUACACGACGCAGGCCGGCAGCCCGCCAACUGAAACUGGGUUGGUCCCAAUCGGGCUGCCACAGUUAGCCGAGCCUGUAGUCGAAGCGGAGUGUAUCUACGCUUUUGUGGGCAAGCGCGAAUGGCCGGAUGAAGGACGAGGUACAUGGGUGAACGCGACGGAAUUCGAAAAGGAGAGAGGCGAAGGCCUCGGUGGAGGUGAUUUGAGUGAGAAGAGUGAUGACGAAGUGAUUGAAGACACUACCGAAGACUGGAUGACAAGUGCAGUGCAGGAAGCAUCGCGCCGACGACUCGACGUGGAGGACGCUGGUGAACGGAGGGUCAACGACUCGCGGACGCGGAUCUUGCUGGACAGUGGAGCGAACAUCACGCUCGGAUGGGAACGCGUUUAUGUUUUCGAGAUGUGGAUUAUCGACCACAAUGCCGGUGUUAACGUGGUGCUAGGCACCGACUUCAUGAUCCCGGCUGACAUCCGGCUGGAUCUCUUCAACGCGGCGGCCAAGCUACCGGACGAAGUAAUGAUCCCGCUGAUCAAGACGCAGAACAUGGUCGACGAGGCCGAAGGGGUCCACGUCAACGGGGGCCCGGUCGACGUGCUCCAGAUUCCCGGCCGAGAAUGGAAAGAGUUCCGAAUGCAACGGAAACGUCCGUCCCCGACGACUCACGUGCCGUGGAUCCGAUGGACCGACAAGCUCAUCCCUACGGUGAAGCGGUUCCACAAGGGACGACCGCAGCGGAUCCGACUGACGAACAUUGACACUCGGCUCACGAUCUGCUCGGCUCACACAACCAUCGUGGUGUGGGUACCAAUCGGGUCGUUGCCGAAGUCUGAGGGAUAUGUGCGGCUCGACUCUGACAAGUAUAGGGAAUGGCAAGUCCUUAUCUACGAGGCCGCCCGCGAUAAGACGCUGCUCAAGUGGGAAGCCGAGCUUUACGCUCAAUGGUUAGCUGCCCAGCCGUCGGCAGUGGAUCGACCCGAGUAUCCCACUCCAAAAGGGCUGCUCCGACAGCCUCCCGAAGACUCUCAAGACGAGCACAGCUCGGAGUCGUCCGACAGUGAUGGAGGUAAAGAUUCUGACGGCUUGCCAUGCAAGCAGCUACCUUGGAGACGUCUGAGCGCCCUGCUGUCGUCGGGAACCGGCUUGGACGAACCUACGGAGUCAAAGAGUGCUGAGGAUGAAGUCCCGACGACUCAAUCCUGCUCGAACUCGGAUAUCGAGGCCGGUUUGACACGACUCGAGCAGACGUUCAUGUGUGUCUUGCGGGUCUUGAGCACAGAAGGUACAGAGACCGCGAAUGACGACGCCGCUGACUCGUUCGAGCAUCUCGCGGCUGGUAUUGGGUUGGAAGACUACGCGCACGGGCUGGCGUUCCCUCCUGACUUGUCCGAAGCUGCUACGACCACUCUGGACUACGACGCAGACAAU